ACAGUAAAAUAUUUCUAUUUCUAAUUAUUCAUUAUAUCUAAAAACAUGUUUUUUUAAAUUUCUUUUUAUUCUACAUCUGUUUUAGUCGUGUUGUUUUUUAAUGAAUACUAAAGUAGUGUCUUUUGUUUCAGCCCCGCCCUCCUCGGUGGAAAUAUUGGAUCACACGCACAAUUCUAAAAUAGAAAUAAAGGAAAACCAAGAAUUCACUCUGGAAUGUCGAGUUAAAAAUGCGAAACCCGCAGCAAAGAUCGUCUGGUACAGGGGCAACGUUGAAAUUAAUAUACCAAACCGAGAAGACCACACUUCAGAAGUACCUGGUAAAUCGAAAGACAAGCGGGUAACGAGAUACGAUACUCAUUCAAGAAUAUCCCUGAAACCAACAGCCGAAGACGACUUUGCGGAAUACACUUGUGAAGCUAGACAUGAAGCAUUGUCUCAGGAUAUCCCCAUGAGAGCUACCGUCCAACUUAGCGUACUCUAUCCACCAGCUAUACCAUACAUAGAAGGAUAUGUCGAAGGAGAAACCAUUCGCAGAGGUCAAACCGUUGAACUGGUUUGUAGAUGUCGAGGUGGAAAUCCUGCCGCUCAAUUAAUCUGGUACAAAAACGGGGAACAAAUCAGAAUGGCCUACAGAACUGCGGGAAGACUGUCGGAAAAUGUUUACACGUUUACUGCUGAUGCUAGUGACAACAAAGCAAAGUACAAAUGUGAAGCCAGUAACAUUAUGUCCAAAGCUCCUUUGAAGGCUGAAGUUGAAAUGACAGUUUUAUUUUCACCUGCACACGUGACAAUUUCCGGGCCAACAGAGGCGAGAGUUGGAGAUCCAGUACCUCUGACAUGCACCACUGCAAAUUCCAACCCUCCAGCAGAGAUUAAAUGGUUGGUAGCGGGACGACAAGUCCGAAACGUAACCUCUAGGCCCGUUAUUUCGCCCGAAGGGGGCUGGAUAACAACGUCGAACAUCACCGCCGUGGUGGAGCCCAACAGGCGAAGUUUGGUGGUUAUAUGCCAUGGGGUGAAUAUGCAACUAACGGAGAAUGUAGUAUCUACGCACACUAUUAACGUUUUAUAUCCUCCGAGCAUGCCCUUCAUCCACGGAUUCACGCAAGGUUCGCAUAUUCCCGCAGGAACAAUUCAGAAAAUAUCCUGUACUUCUGCGGGAGGCAAUCCUUUAGCAACUAUUACAUGGUAUAAAAACGACAAGAAGAUUCAUUCCACUGUGAGGACCACGGAUAAGUCGGUCACGGCAGAAAUCACUAUUUUGACUAACGUGACAGAUAAUGGGGCUGAGUAUAAAUUCCCUCCUGACCAUAUAAAGAUCCGUCAAGAACCCGAAGAUCUAAAACCCAAUGAAGAAGCUACACUUUUUUGCGACUCCAGCUCAAGCAACCCGCCCGCCAAGUUAUCCUGGUGGAAAGAAGGAAUUCCUGUUCUAGGGUACACCAAUACGACAAAACAAGGUCUCCACGGCGGUACAGUAUCUACCAUAGAAAUGAAAAUAAACGUUACGGAGCAGAUGAAUGGGAUAGUUUAUACUUGUCAGGCGAAUAAUGAAGCAUUGCAGAGAUCUGUACAUGAUGCUAUUACUCUUCAAGUUUUAUAUAAACCAGUGUUCGACUCCAACAACGAAGAAUCCGUAACUGGAAUAGAGAACGAACCCCUUAUCAUCUCGUUAAAAGCAGAAGGCAACCCCGCAAAUAUAGCAUACACCUGGACCAAAGAUGGUCUGCCUAUAACGCAACAAAGCUCUUCGAACGGAAUCGAACGAAUAGUGUCCGAUGGUUCAGUUUUAAAUAUUACCAAAUUAAGCAGGAACGAUGCUGGUACCUACACCUGUGAAGCUUUAAAUUCUCAAGGGAGUAACGUGGCAAUGGUUAACAUUACUGUGCAAUAUCCGGCUUCAAUCGUUCAAACCAGCGGCAACGUAAUCGCCAACCCCAAGGAAGACGCUACUCUUUCGUGUUCCGCCGAUGGCAACCCUCUGGCUGACGACACAAUCACUUGGAAACGGGACGAUUUUCCCGACUUUGCAGCCAGAACCUCCGUCAUGUACGACAAAAAUGGGACUUCGUACCUUAGAAUAUCGAGUGUGACGAGGGAAGAUCUUGGAAAUUUCUUGUGUAUCGUUAAUAAUGGAGUUGGAAACUCGUCGUCUAAAGAAGUUAUGUUGAUUGUUAAACAUAAGCCGGAAAUCGACACCCGACCCCAGUUCAUGAAAUUCGCCAGUGAUGCUGGAGACACUGGUAAACUGAUCUGCAGAAGUCAGGCUUCUCCUCUUGCUAGAUACACAUGGGCUCGAAAUGGAUCUCCCAUUAAUUCGAAUACGACUGGAAAAUAUUACAGCACAUACAAACAGAUUGACCAACUCAUAACCGAAUCAACUCUCUUCAUUACCCAUGUCACUUCUGCUGACUACGGCAACUAUGAAUGCGUAGCCAGGAACGAAUUAAGCUUCGCUACCAAAUCCCUCAGACUAGAAGUAACAUCACCACCAGACACUCCAACACUUUUAACAGUUCUAAACGUCACUCACGACAGCGUAACUCUAGGAUGGACACCCGGAUUCGAUGGAGGUAUGAAGGCUUCGUUCAGAAUUAGAUACAGGAAAGUGGACGACGAAGGGUAUAAGUAUGAAGAUGUGGUAGGAGGCAAUGUGACCAGUUAUGUUGUCAAGGAGUUGGAUAUCAACACGCAGUACGUUUUUUCAAUAAUGGCGUCGAAUAAGCUGGGGAAUAGCAAGUACAUGCCGGAUUUACUGUCAGCCAAGACUUCAGUUUUUGUCGAAGACGGUGUGCAGAAAGUUAUACCGGAAGAUCUACUUCUAGAGAAGCAAGACUUGCCUAGGAUUGUUAUCAUUAGUGUGUCGGUGAUAGGCAUUAUUCUUUUGUUUAUUAAUAUUGCCUUAGUUGCGGGAUGCAUGCUUAAGAGGAGAGCUAAAAGAAUUAGAGAACAAAACAAUCAAACCAGUAAAUCCGCAACAAUAGAGAUGUACGCCCCAAGCAGCUACAAUGACACCGUCACAGGAGAAACUCUUUCGUCUGUUAGUGAAAAGAGCGAAACAUACAGUAAUGAAGAAGGCAACAAUGAGUAUUUGGACGAAACACGAAAACCCACCAGCAACUCAUAUUUAAUCGAACACCAACCGGAUUAUCCAGGUGCGUACCCGACUUACGAAAUGCAAAUGCCUGCCCAGACUGGGAUUAACAUGGCCCACAAGACUCACACCUUGCCCCAUCCUCACCAUCACCAUCAUCAUCACCUUGCGCAUGAUCAAAGACCAAGAGCGAGGGAUGAUCAGAGUCUGGGCUAUCACGGUGGCAUGUCAGGUAAAUCAUCAUAUGUCAGCGCACCGUCGCCCGCGCCGCCAGCUGACGGAUCCUACUACAACAUGUCCGACAGAUACUUGUCGUACCCUCCACCGUUGGACUUUCAGAGUCCACCACCAAUCCCAGCCCACCCGCAUAUGACGCACACGCACGCACCAAUCACCCCGCCCUUGCCCUCCAAUGGAUCCUUGCUUCGUCACGCCAGAGGGGUACCACCACCAGAUGUCCUGCACAACACAAGCCAGAAUAACCAAAUCCUGCAGGCUCAAAGCUUGUCCCAAAAACGCGAGCUAACUAGUUUCGGUAACGGUUACGGCGUGAACGAACAGGAGGGACAUCUUGUCUGAGAUCAGGAGGAAAUUUUGUAUGUUUUGUAAAGUUCGUUUUUAUUGCGCGUGUUUUUGUCCAAUACUUUUUAAAAUGAGCAAAGACUGGUGUGUAUAUAAUAAUAAAAAAACUGAUAAAUACUCAAUUCAUGUGAUUUUGAAAAUUAAUAUCAUUGCAAUAGUGUGUAAAGACGAUUAUGAAGGUAGAAAAUAUUUCAGUAUGCGCUUUUUCUCAAUCGCGGUUUGAGAGACAUGCAAAGUGUUACAGGUUUUAAAUCAAAAGUGAUAACUUGAUGGUUUGUUUGAGUAAAAAAUGUUAACUUGUGUUUUACUAGAAUUUUUGUUUCUUUAUUUUUAGUCAUUAAUAGGUUUGAUCUGAACACAGGCAUAUCCAAGAUUUUUUAUGUCUAUGUUGAAAUAUUUUUCCAAUGUUUAUCUGUAAUGUUUUAAUGCGCAUGUGGCGUCACCAUUCAUAUGUCAACUGCUGACUGUCAUAUGUUACGUGUCAUCCGGUAAAGAUGAAUAUCGUAUUAAAUGAAAGAUAGUGGAUAUAGUUUUUUGUUUGUAGGUAUUGAAAUAUUUUCUAAAUGCAUUUAGUGUUUUUUAUUAUGCUGACUAAAUGUUUUUGUGGCUACUUUUUCCUCAAAGGAAAAUAGACUGAUAGUUAAAUCUUGGUUUUUUGAAGUUUACUAAUAAACAAUCAAAAGCUGAUAACAAUACCUAACAAUAAUAUCAAAAUUAAAAAUCAAGAUGGAGUCCUUUGAGAGAAACUGCCUCAUUUUCGGCCAUUGUACCGAAAUAUUUUUGCUAACUGAUAAUCAGUUCUAGAUAGUUCUAACUAAUGUGAUCUAAAUAUGUAAAUUUAUUUAACUUUUGUUAACGAGAUAACAUUUUAAAACUGUUUUGUGAAUAGAAUGCAACCAAAAUUGUACGUGUGUUCAUAACUUCUCAAGGUGUUUUCAAUCUUCAAACUGAAUGAAGCAACAUCAUACAUUUUUUCAAAUGUGCAGUUUCCUUCGUUUGUCAAUUGUAUCUUUUUUGUUAAAGUUAUUGAUCAACAUGAUUCCCAUCUAAGCUAGUAUUUAACUGGACAAUUGAGUAAUGGAAAAUUAGUUAAAAAAAUUUCAAUUAUCCGUCGUUUCCCUCUGAUUAUUGGCUGGAUGUAAUUGUUUUAUGCAUUUUUAGUCAAAUUGACAUCGUUUUCAGCAAUUUUCAAGAUAGAAGAUGUUUUCGGUGUCUAAAUAAUCCUCAGGAUUAACUCAACAUAGCGUUGUCGCAUUUUCAGAUUCUGCAAGCUCUGUGUUAAUUCUUUCAAUUUGAUAUUAACCGAGUUAUGUCUUUCAAAAAGUCCUUUAGGUAGACAUCAAAGUGGAGUAAGUCCAUUUUGUCAUUACUAAUAAUAUUGGGAGUUCCUAGAGGUCAUGAACUCUGGUGCAAUAUUGGUUUUUCCUUAUAAUAAUACAUUCUUUUUAAAGUUGUGUACAUAGUUAAGUUUUAUUUAAUCAAAAAAAUAAUUUACUAGUCCAAAUGAUCAACCAAAGUGUUAUUAUUUCUUGUAUAAAUUAAUUUCUUAGGCAAAGAAAUUGCGACGAGAGGUCUUGCGUACUUUUUAUUUUUAAUACUUUGUAUGUUACUAGGAAAUUCUCAUGUUUCAUUUUUUUUAACUUUGUUAUUUUGUACAUUUCUUCAGUGUCUUUUAUUUUAUUUUAAUUUUUAGGAAUAAAUAGUUAUGUUUCA